UGUGGUGGAGGCUCCUUCUUUGGAGGCUUUUAAGCAGAGGCUGGAUGGCCAUCUGUUGGGGGUGCUUUGAAUGAGAUUUUCCUGCUUCUUGCAGGGGGUUGGACUGGAUGGGCCGUGAGGUCUCUUCCAACUCUACGAUUCUAUGAUUCUAUGAUUCUAUGAGUGCAAUGGAGGAUUUUGGAUGAUCUCCUUCUCUUCCUUCCUCUGCCUCAUCUGUCUCUUCCUCUUUUUCUUCUUCUUCUUUAAUUUAUUCCCCAUGUUUUCACCAAUAUUGAGACUCAAGGCAGUUUACAAAAUAUUAAGAUCUAUACAAAAUAAAAUAUAUGCAAAUGACAUCAGUAAAACGAUACAAUGAAUACAAUUAAUUAUCUAGAGAAUUAAUACCACAUGAAAAGAAGCAGAAAACCAACCAAAGCAUUCAUUAGUCCAUAUCUCCUGAUAGGUCUUUUUUCCCUUAAUGAAAUAAACCCUAGAGAGACAUUGGCAUAUUUAAUAAGGCAUGCAGUAGGAAACGCACAAAUACAAUAUAUCACACAAAACUAUACCCACAAAGAAGUGAGAAGAAGAAUACUGCACAACUUGUUUCCUGAGGCAAGACAAAAAAAAAUUUCUUCCGUGCAGCAGAGGUAUUUGCCAUAUUGUUUAGUUGGCGUUUGGUGUAUAUGAUAUAUGAUUUUUGUAGCACAAUUCUAACCUAAAGUGUAGAUGUAGAAAGUAGAAGGGAAGAUAAUGAGGGUAUAACAUUGUAGGUUCUUUUGUAUUUAUCUACAAAGUAAUAGAACCACGGUGAUGAGUAAAAUCCUUGAUCCAUUAACAACAUUUCUGUAUUACAUUAUUGGCUUUCUUUUUUUCAGUAUGAUGUUUGUAUGCCACUAAAACACAAUGCAAAGAAAUCAGAGUGACAUCACUGAGUUUAUUCUUCAGGGUUUGGGGGAGCUACAUUCUCUGAAGACCUUCCUGUUCCUUCUGUUUUUCACCAUCUACAUUUCAACACUGACUGCCAACAUGCUUACCAUUCUUCUGAUAAUGGCUGAACAGCACCUUCACACACCCAUGUACUACUUUCUGGUGAAUUUGUCUUGUUUGGAAAUCUUAUACAGCUCAUCCUUCCUGCCAAAGCUGCUGACCAGUUUGGUGACAGGAGACAAAACCAUCUCUGUCAAAGGAUGCAUUGCACAGUUUUAUUUCUUCUCUUUCCUGGGAGCAACAGAGUGUUAUCUUCUUUCUGUAAUGUCUUAUGAUCGCUUCUUAGCAAUAUGUAGACCUCUUCAUUAUACAACCAUAAUGAAUGGCAAGUUCUGUAUCCAGUUAGCUGGUGGCUCUUGGAUAAAUAGUAUUUUGUUUACCUCCUUAUAUUUGCCUUUGGUAUUAGAGGGACUGCACUAUUGUAAUCCCAGUGAAAUCGAUCACUUCUACUGUGAUGCAUCUGAGCUGGGAACACUUUCCUGUAGUCACAUCAAAAUCUUGCCAUUUGUCACUGUGACCCUGGGUUUUAUAUUCAGUUUUCCUCCUUUUCUUUUUACCAUAAUCUCCUACGUAUAUAUAAUUUCUGCCAUUCUGAGAAUCCCAUCUAUCACUGGGCGGCAAAAGGCUUUUUCAACCUGCUCUUCUCACUUGAUUGUGGUUUCUAUUUUCUAUGGUGCAAUUGUUGUUGUAUAUUGUAUACCAAAAAUGGAAAGAACAAAAACUAUGAGAAAAAUAUUUUCUUUCUUCUACACAGUCCUGCCUCCCAUAGCCAACCCCCUCAUAUAUAGUUUGAGAAACAAGGAUGUCAAGGAAGCUCUAAGAAAGGUUGUUGGGAAGAUUGUGAAAGGCCAUUCCUAA